AUGUCUGCUUCAUUUGCUAAUUUUACAAGCCAAAGUCCGGCUCAUAAUGAAUUUCGUAGUGAUACCUUCACUACUCCAACUUUAUCUAUGAUUGAGUCAUUAGCUAAUUCCUCCUUAGGUGAUGCUGUCUAUAAUGAAGAUAAUUCGACCAUUCAAUUAGAAAAGAAAGUAGCUGCUAUUGCUGGUAAAGAAGCUGGUCUUUAUUGUGUUAGUGGUACUUUAUCAAAUCAAAUUGGUCUUCGUACUAAUCUUUUCCAACCUCCUUAUAGUAUUUUAUGUGAUUAUAGAGGUCAUGUAUAUGUUCAUGAAGCUGGUGGAUUAUCAACUUUAUCACAAGCUAUGGUUCAACCUAUCAUUCCAAAAAAUGGUAAAUACUUAACUUUAGUUGAUGAUAUUUUACCUGUAUUUAUACCUGAUGAUGGUGAAAUUCAUGGAGCUCCAACCAAAUUAAUCUCCUUAGAAAAUACUUUACAUGGUAUGAUCUUCCCCUUAGAAGAAAUCAAAUUAAUUUCUAAUUUCUGUAAGAAGAAUGGUGUUAGAUUACAUUUAGAUGGGGCUAGAUUAUGGAAUGCUUCAGUUGCAACUGGGAUUUCUAUAAAAGAAUAUUGUUCAUAUUUCGAUAGUGUUUCAUUAUGUCUUUCUAAGACUUUAGGAGCUCCAAUUGGUUCAGUAUUAGUUAGUGAUAAAAAAUUCAUUUUAAAAGCUAAUCAUUUUAAAAAACAAAAUGGGGGUGGUAUUAGACAAAGUGGAUUAUUAGCUGUCAUGGCUAUAACUGCUAUUGAUGAAAAUUUACCAAAAUUAAAAAAGACUCAUGAAUGGGCUGCUGAAUUAGGUCAAAUAUGUCAAGAAAAAGGGAUAAUUUUAGAACAUCCAGUAGAGACUAAUUUUGUAUUUGUUGAUUUAAAAGCUAAUAAAAUCGAUGUGAAGAAAUUAGUUGAAAUUUCUGAUAAAUAUGGUGUUAAAGUAUAUGCUGGUAGAAUUGCAUUCCAUUAUCAAGUAAGUGAAGCUAGUUUUGAAGCUGUUAAGAAAGUGGUAGUUGAAGCUUUUGAAUAUGCUCAAUUACAUCCUUACAAUGGUGAAGAUACAAUCAGAUUCUAUAGUGCCACUGAUGAUGAAUAA